CUGCACCGCUCGGUUAGAUUAUGUUAGUAAUUCACCAAACGUGCCCUUGUGCUCCGUUACGGUUGCAUCGCCCGAACCAAACCAUCACCGAACAUCCGAGGGUUCUCCCCACUUUUCCCUCCUCUUUCUCUCUUCCCCGUUCGAGCGUGAGAGAAAACGCCAUGCGAACGAGGAACCAAUCCAAACGAUCUCCACAAAAUCUAUCCGCAAUGUCGGAAGAGAGUGUGGAUAGGGUCGCGAAACGGGGAACCGCGCGUGAAGAGUCGGGCGCGAAACGGUGGCGAGAAAUUGAUUCGUUAAUGGAGAACGCCGACUCUGAAAACAAGGUAGAUGAGUCACUCAAAAACAAUCGCAAAGGAAAAGCUAAGGCAGUGGUUAGUCGCGAUGUCUCUGUGAAAGGAUGUGGUAUGAGAAAUACAAAGGAAAGUACGCUGACGGGAAGAGAAGAGGCGGCAAGUGGUCAUUUUGAUGCAAGUGAGAUGGACUGGGAGGAGGGUAUUGUUUCUACUUCAGACUGCAGAGAAGGUUUCUCGCAUGAUCUUGGAAAGGAUGUGAUUGUUGAAUUUACUGGCUUGCCAUCUCCUGCUGAGAGGAAGAUCAACCGAAGGGUUUCUGCUGAAGAAAAGGAGCUAGCAGAGCUAGUGCACAAAGUUCAUUUGUUGUGUCUGCUUGCACGGGGUAGGGUAGUCGACAAGGCUUGUGAUGACCCUCUCAUUCAGGCAUCCAUACUUUCUCUUCUACCAUCUAACUUACUGAAGAUUGCGGAAGUUCCAAAAUUGACAGCUAAUAAGCUUGGCUCUCUUGUAAAUUGGUUUCGUAGCAAUUUCCAUAUAUCAACACAAAGUGUUGAUAGGGGAUCAUUUGAAUCCAACCUUGUCUUUGCUCUUCAAACUCAUGAAGGGACUACUGAAGAGGUUGCUGCACUCUCAGUGGCGUUACUUAGGGCCCUCAAUUUGACAACAAGGUUUGUUUCCAUCCUUGAUGUGGCUUCCCUCAAGCCAGAUUCAGAUCUAUCUGGAAUCUCGGAUCUAGAUGUUCUUAGACUAGACACAAGAGUAUCUUCUUCUCUUGCCACUAUGAACAGCACUAAUCUGGUUGGUACUCUAUCUCCUGUUCCUAAUCCGGGUGAUCCAAUAAAUGAUACAACUACUGGGGCUUUGCUAAGAGACAAGUGUGGCAAAAAGGAGGGCACGCCAAUCUGCAAGAAGAAUUUGCUUAAAGGUUUAACAGGCGAUAAUUUACAAGAUGGAAGCUGUGCUUCUGAGUCAAAAUGUUCUGAAGGACCAAAAAAAAGGGGGGACCUAGAGUUUGAGUUGCAGAUGGAAAUGGCUCUCUCAGCCACUGCAGCGACAGCAACACGAGAUAAUAAACAAGGUUUAAAGAUAGAUGAUUCGAAUAACAGCUUACACUCUCUAACUCCGCCAUUGAAGAGAUUGAAGCAAUGUAAAGAUGGAGAACCUUUGAAAUACAGUAGCUCGAAUGCAGUUUGGUCGAGAAGAGCAGGUCCUCCUUUAUACUGGGCGGAGGUCUAUUGUAAUGGGGAGACAUUAACUGGAAGAUGGGUGCAUGUUGAUGCUGUAAAUGGUAUUAUUGACGGUGAGGACAAAGUAGAAGCUGCUUCUGCUGCUUGCAGAAAGCCUUUAAAAUAUGUUGUUGCUUUUGCUGGACAGGGUGCUAAAGAUGUGACACGCAGGUAUUGCAUGCAGUGGUAUAAGAUUGCUCCAAAGAGGGUAAAUCCACAAUGGUGGGAUAGGGUGUUGGCACCGUUGAAAGAGUUGGAAUCAAGUGCAACCAGUGCAAUGGUUCAUUUAGAAGCAUUUCAAGAAAAACUUCCAUCGACUGUAGAGGAAAAGGUAUCUGUAGCGCCCUGUCCUCCUAUAAUGGAUUCUGAAGACCCUAACAAUACUAAAGAUUGUGCACAAAGUGUCAAAUUGGCUAGUGAAUUUGGUGCAGAAUCAUCUGAGCGGCUUAUCAAGUCAGUAUGUCCAUCUCACAACCAUGGGAUCUCAUGUCGAAAUUAUCAAGAAGAUAUGGAACUUGAAACCAGGGCUCUAACUGAGCCUCUUCCUACCAAUCAAUUGGCAUAUAGAAAUCAUCAUCUGUACGCAAUUGAAAGAUGGCUUACCAAGAAUCAAAUUCUUCAUCCAAAAGGUCCUGUACUUGGUUAUUGUUCCGGGCAUCCUGUUUAUCCUCGAUCUUGUGUUCAGACACUACAAACAAGACAAAAGUGGUUACGAGAAGGCUUGCAAGUUAGAGAAAGUGAGGAACCUGCAAAGAUAAUGAAACGUUCAACCAAGAAUUUUAAUAUCCAGUUAUCCGAACCUGGUGUUUUUGAAGAAGAUAAAGGCGAACCAAGCGUAGAACUCUAUGGGAAGUGGCAGCUGGAACCAUUAAAACUGCCUCGUGCUGUAAAUGGCAUUGUGCCUAAGAAUGAGCGUGGUCAAGUUGAAGUAUGGUCUGAAAAGUGUCUACCACCUGGUACAGUACACUUGAGGUUACCCAGACUAGUUCCAGUUGUGAAGAGGCUUGAAAUUGAUUAUGCACCAGCCAUGGUUGGAUUUGAAUUUCGCAAUGGCCGUUCUUUUCCGAUGUUCGAGGGAAUUGUGGUCUGCAGAGAGUUCAAAGAUGCAAUCUUGGAGGUUUAUGCAGAAGAAGAAGAAAGAAGAGUAGCUGAAGAGAGGAAACGAAAUGAAACACAGGCUCUUUCAAGGUGGUUUCAGCUGCUUUCAUCCAUCGUAACAAGACAACGGUUGAAGAAUUCAUAUGUGAAUCCCAAAUCUUUGCAUGGCCAAGAGAAUAUUCAUCGAACCGAUUGCGAGAAGAGUCAUUCCGAACAAGGUGUUCGAUCGAGCCGACAACAGGAAAGAUCAGUACGAGAGGCAAAGCCAGUUUUGACGUCUCCUCACGAUCACGAGCAUGUAUUUCCCUUAGAGAAUCAAAGCUUUGACGAAGAGCUAUUUGUGCGAACAAAGAGGUGCCCAUGUGGAUUCUCCAUCCAGGUAGAGGAGUUGUAGCUCUCAAAGGGUUUUGUUAAAUCAUGAUAGUUAUUCACCAUUUUGCCAUCUAAGAAAGCUUUGUAUUUUCACUUUUGUGUAAGUAUUGAAACAAGCAGUAGCCCUACCCAAUUUCUUGAGUCGAUUAGGGGCCAACUAGAGAAUGCUUGAGAUGUUCUGAUCACCAUCUCAAUUUUCUCCAAUGUAACUCCGUAACGACUGUUCCAUACUCGCUCAUUGUGAUCUGUUGGUAAGCAUUGUCCGUAAAUUAUGUACUCUAUUGCGAAGGUCAAAGGUUGCUUAAUUCUCA